CCCCCCUUCCCUGGGCCUUCCCGGCAUGCUCUGAGCGCAUUUCCAUCCCUGACACGGCGCCAGCCGUAUAUAGAGCGGUAAAAAUAGCCAUGCUCGGCAGCCUCUGGGCCCAGGAAGGCCUGCGUCCACCCCGGCAGCAGCAGCGCUGAGAGAGAGGCUGAAGCGUUGAUCACCCCGAACUUACCAACAUGGCAGCGGAAAAAUUGAAAAAUCACAAGAUCAUCUUUGUCGUAGGGGGUCCCGGCUCGGGGAAGGGCACCCAGUGCGAGAGGAUCGUCCAGAAGUACGGCUACACCCACCUCUCCACCGGCGACCUCUUGCGCGCAGAGGUCAGCUCCGGCUCGGACCGGGGGAAGAAGCUGUCGGCCAUCAUGGAGAAGGGAGAGCUGGUCCCGCUGGACACGGUUCUGGACAUGCUGAGGGACGCCAUGGUGGCCAAGGCGGGCUCGUCCAAGGGAUACUUGAUUGACGGCUACCCCCGGGAGGUGAAGCAGGGGGAGGAAUUCGAGAAGAAGAUCGCGCCGCCCUCGCUGCUGCUGUACGUGGACGCCGGGAAGGAGACGAUGGUGAAGCGGCUGCUGAAGCGCGGCGAGACCUCCGGGCGGGUGGACGACAACGAGGAGACCAUCAAGAAGCGCCUGGACACCUACUACAAGGCCACCGAGCCCGUCAUCGCCUUCUACGAGAAGAGGGGCAUCGUCCGCAAGCUCAACGCCGAAGGCUCGGUGGACGAGGUCUUCCAGCAAGUCUGCAAGCACCUGGACGCCCUGAAGUGAAGCCCCACGGACGGGGAGGGGGGGGCGGGGGGGGCUCGGGUCCGUGGGGGUCUCCCCGGAGUAAAGGAGUUCCAUUUUACGACCUGAGAUGCUUUUCCAUCAUUAUUAUUAUUAUUUAUUUUUUUUUGGCCGCCUUCCUCCUCCUCCUCCUCCUCGUUCUGCGGCAACAGGAAAGGAAAGCCGGUCCUUGGAGGACGUCAAAGGUUGAUUGCGGGCAGGAAGCGGGCGGUUGUUUAUCCCACUCGCGGCGGAAACGGAGAGGAAUCGGUCGGGAAGUCUCAAUGAACGAGUGGGGGGGGGGGGGACACACUAGAAAGGGACAUCCAGACUAUACGGAGAGCAGCAACAGGCCCAUUUCGGCCUUCCCGCCUUGUGUUUUGGACUCCAACUCCCACCAUCCCUAACAGCCUAUCUAGAAAAAUCCAAUGAAUGUUGUCAAAAGCCUUCUCUACAUCCAAGAGCAUCUCAAUGAAUAUUAUCGAAUGCCUAGAUCUAAGAACAUCAACACUCCUUGCUGGUCUUGAUGGCCCUAUAGAUACUCUAUAGCCUUCUCUACCAUAUAGUCCAGGCCUGGGCCAACUUGGGCCUCCCCUCCAUGUGUUUUGGACUCCAACUCCCACCAUCCCUAACAGCCUAUCUAGAAAAAUCCAAUGAAUGUUGUCAAAAGCCUUCUCUACAUCCAAGAGCAUCUCAAUGAAUAUUAUCGAAUGCCUUUUCUACAUCCAAGAACAUCAACGCUCCUUGCUGGUCUUGAUGGCCCUAUAGAUACUCUACAGCCUUCUCUACCAUAUAUUCCAGGCCUGGGCCAACGUGGGCCUCCCCUCCAGGUGUUUUGGACUCUAACUCCCACCAUUCCCAACAGCCUAUCCCUCAAAGCCCAGUGAAUGUUGUCAAAUGCCUUUUCUACAUCCAAGAACGUCAACGCUCCUUCCUGGUCUUGAUGCUCCUGUAGAUACUCUAUAGCCUUCUCUACCAUAUAUUCCAGGCCUGGGCCAACUUUGGCCUCCCCUGCAAGUGUUUUGGACUGCAUCUCCCACCAUUCCCAACAGCCUAUCCCUCAAAGCCUAGUGAAUGUUGUCAAAAGCCUUUUCUGCAUCUAAGAACAUCAACACUCCUUGGUGGGCCCUCCCUCCAGGUGUUUUGGACUCCAACUCCCACACAGAGGUUGAGCAAGAUGACCCUUGAGGUCCUUCCAACUCUAAAGGUUGAGCAAGAUGACCCUUAAGGUCCUUCCAAGUCUAACGGGUGAUAUGACCCUUGAGGUCCUUCCAACUCUAAAGGUUGAGCGAGAUGACCCUUGAGGUCCUUCCAACUCUAAAGGUUGAGCGAGAUGACCCUUAAGGUCCUUCCAAGUCUAACGGGUGAUAUGACCCUUGAGGUCCUUCCAACUCUAAAGGUUGAGCGAGAUGACCCUUGAGGUCCUUCCAACUCUAAAGGUUGAGCGAGAUGACCCUUGAGGUCCUUCCAACUCUAAAGGUUGAGCGAGAUGACCCUUGAGGUCCUUCCAACUCUUGGGCGAUAUGACCCUUGAGGUCCUUCCAACUCUAAAGGUUGAGUGAGAUGACCCUUGAGGUCCUUCCAAUGCUAAAGGUUGGACAAUACGACCCUUGAGGUCCUGCCAACUUUAAAGGUUGGAUGAGAUGACCCUUGAGGUCCUUCCAACUCUUGGGCGAUAUGACCCUUGAGGUCCUUCCAAUGCUAAAGGUUGAGCAAGAUGACCCUUGAGGUCCUUCCAACUCUAACAGUUGGACAAUACGACCCUUGAGGUCCUGCCAACUUUAAAGGUUGGAUGAGACGACCCUUGAGGUCCUGCUAACUCUAAAGCCUAUCCCUCAAAGCCCAGUGAAUGUUAUCAAAAGCCUUCUCUACAUCUAAGAACGUCAAUGCUCCUUGCUGGUUUUGAUGCCCUGGUAGAUGUUCCACAGCAGGCCUGGGCAAGCUUUGCAGGCUGGAGGCUUCUGGGAACUGUAGUAGGCUGUCAGGAAUGGUGGGAGUUGCAGUCCAAAACACCUGUUUGACCAUGCCUGGUAGAGGAAAUCUCCCGGGGCAUCAAGGCCAGCAAGGAGUGUUGAUGUUCUUAGAUGCAGAGAAGGCUUUGGACAGCAUUCACUGGGAUGCUCUUGCAUCGCUACAAGCUUCACCGAUAGGUGUUCUGCACACGCACACGCACCCCACGCACACGCAAGAGGUCUCGUGAGUCAACCACGCCUUCGCCCCCCCCCCCGCCCCACGCAGAGUCUUAACGUGUCCGAAUGUAUUGCUCUUACCGUUAUUAAAGAGUGUAAACAAAC